GUUUACUUUAAAAGAUUUAAUGGAACAUUUAACGUGUCGCAUCGCUUUUUGAGCUUUAAGUUUUCAAAUGGAAUUAGAUCUUCCACGGAGUCCGUGCUCGAGAUCGAACUCGCCGCCGUGUUGCAGUUCAUCUGUGAUCUGGAGCUUGAAUAAUACCUCAUCCAGAUAUGGAAGCACUCCAAUAUACCCAAUGGAAUCAUCUUCACCAUCAGAUACGAACGAAAUCCACGAACAAUCGUGCAGCAUUCAAGACCUGAGCGGCGUCCCCUUGCCGGACAGCUCUGGUGAAAUUAACAACCGAAUGGAGCCCGAGCCAGCUGACAGUUUCGAAUUGUCAGGAGAAUAUGCCGACAACGAAUGUGCAAUUUUUGUCAGUGCUUCGGAGUAUAACGAAAAAAAAGCACAGAUCGAUCAGCUGGUUCAAAAGAUACUCACAAUGGAGCAGCAGCAGCGGCAACUGGAGGAGAACGCGUCCGACACCAAGGAGCUCUGUGAUUUAAAGUUGCGCCUGCAGAAGCUCAAUGCCCGCCUGGAGGCGCUGGGCGAAUUCCUAGACACAUUGCGGGUGCGGGAGGACCAACAGGAGAUCAAUAUCGAAGAUGACUCGGAACUGGUGGACCAGACCGAGCAGCCCAAGUGGAGCAAUUUGUACUCCGGGCUGAACCGCUAUCGGCAAAAGGCCAACCACACUGCGGCGCAGUUCUAUCAGCACAAGAGCAACAUAAUCGACAGCCUAAAGACCCUGUAUGAGCCCAUUCACCCACGUCCUACAAUCGAUGACUUGGAAAAGCAACCCGCUUUGCUGUUGGUGCGCCUGCUAAAGCAUCAGCAGUCUGGCUUGAAAUGGAUGCAAUUCCGUGAGCGCCAGAAAAUCUGUGGAGGAAUCCUUGCCGACGACAUGGGCCUGGGAAAAACUAUAUCUAUGAUAGCCCUAAUCUUGGCUUCGGAGGGAACUAAGAACAGGAAACGAGAAGAAAAGCAGCAGGCCUUGAAGUUAAAGUGGACUCAGGAGUAUAAUCGAAUAUAUUGUAAGAAAAACCUUAAAAUCAGCAUGUUUGAUGAUGAAGAAGAGUCUGGAGAGGAGGAUGAGCAGUACGAUCCGCCGGAGAAGCGCACUUGCCACGCGAAGACUAAAAAAAUCAACCCAUUUCGAAUUUUGGAUGAUGAUGAUGAUGAUGAUGAUAACGAUGACAGAGACAAAGCUGUAAUGGAGUAUGAACAGAACGAUCAGCUAGCAAAGACUCCCGAUCCAGAGUUUUUCAGUUCGGACGAAGAGGAGGAGCACUUUACAAACUGUCGCUAUCCCUCGGCAAACACAUUAGUUGUUUGCCCCAUGAGCGUCAUGUGUCAGUGGGCCCAUGAAGUGGCCUCCAAGGUGGAGCAAAAUGCCAUUAGGGUGCUGACCUUUCACGGACCCAAUCGCCGUAAAAUCGGAAUAGAGGCAUUCAGGAGCUAUGAUUUAGUCAUUACCUCGUAUAAUCUCGUAGUAAUUGAGUUUAAGCGAUAUGGAAACGCUUCUCCGCUGUUCGCCGUGCAGUGGAACCGCGUGAUCCUCGACGAGGCUCACAUCAUUCGGAAUCCUAAAACCAACUGCUGUAUGUCUGUAUGCCAGUUACGGGCGCGUUGUCAUUGGGCCCUGACUGGAACUCCUGUCCAGAAUCGGGGCGUCGAUGUGUUCGCCCUGCUGCGGUUUCUAAAUGUACCAAACUUUCAGGACCUCCAGCAGUGGAAAAAGAACCUAAACUAUAGCAUGGUCGGACAUCGCCGACUUAACUUUAUAAUAAAACCACUAAUGUUGCGCAGGACAAAGCAAAAGCUACAGGCAUCUGGCGACAUGCCUGCGCUGCCUACCCUUAAGAUUGAACUCAUAUGCGUACAGCUAUCGAAAACUGAAAUGGCCGUAUACCAGAUCCUGUCUGCGAUAUCCAAAAAAAUCUUUACACAGUUCCUGCUCCAACGCGAGAAGGGCAACAGUGAUUUAAAUUAUUACGCUCUGGAAAAAACCCCACAGUUUAUAACCGAACAGAUAUCCGACGAAAGGUACAACGAGAUCUACGAGAGAUUCCUUAAAUCGCUUGGCUACAAUCCAGGGGAAAAGAUCCUUGGUAUUUAUAUCCUGGUGCUACUGCUGCGGCUACGACAGUUUUGUUGCCAUCCGGGACUAAUGAUUGGGAUGCUGCGUGGUACUUUGGCCGCCGAGGACGUCCAGAACGUGAAGGUGGAUGCCUUAGACGUAGAGGGCCAGCUCAAGAUAGAUGUCCUUGCACAGUUGGAUAAGUUUUACGAAUCCGCUAGCGGGGAUGACUCUUGUGACGAGGAGGAUAGUACUAGAAGACAUGGCAAUUUCAAGUUGGAAGUCAUAAAAGAUGAAAUUAAGGAGGUGUAUGUGCCGUGGGAUUCAAGUGAUGACCUACCAUCGACUGGUUCCUUUGAGGAUCAACUAGAUACUGCCAGAGCUCUUAAACUGCUCAAUCCCCAGAAUCCCAUCUUUCAGUUCAUACGCCCUUCUGCCAAACUAAAGCUGAUCAUUGAUAAGCUAGAGGAAAUCCUCACAGGCACCAAUGACAAAAUCAUUGUAACAUCUCAGUGGGUGAGCUAUCUCGCCAUCAUCCGUAAACGACUGCAGGAUCUAUCAUGGGAAACACUUGACUUUAAUGGUCAGCUGACCGCCAAAGAACGCGAGAUUGUAGUGCGAGACUUUAAUGCGAAUAACGACAAGCGCGUUCUGCUACUCUCCCUCACCGCUGGCGGAGUGGGACUGAAUCUGAACGUGGCCAAUCAUAUGCUAAUUGUAGACCUCCACUGGAACCCGCAGCUGGAGCGACAGGCUCAGGACCGCAUCUAUCGAUAUGGUCAAACAAAGCCUACCUUCAUCUACCGCUACAUGUGCCAGGACACUGUAGAGCAACGAAUUAAAUCUCUGCAAGAUUGCAAGCUAGAAAUGGCAAAAGUUGUGCUUCCAGAGGAAGGAGGAGAAGUGUCCAGAUGUGUUGGCGGUGGUCUCGACCUCGCGGAGCUAACGAAACUCCUCGAGAUGUAAGUCCGAAGUAUUUGAAUUUGUUUUAAGAUGUUUUUUGUUUUCAGUUAAAAUGCUCGCAUUCAAAAGCUUUACAACUUCACCAAAGUGCCUUUAAACGAAUGAGUUCGUUUUCAAUUGUGUAAUAAACCACAGACUAUCUUUAAGGUUAUACGUUACGUUUGAUAUAAUCGUACGUCCUAUAAGAAUAAAAGCAUAUAUAUAUUCUGUUUUUUCUAUAUUAAGAACGAAACGUGCUAAUAAUAAAUCAUACGAAUUGUUAUGAUGUUUGGAUCA